CGGGCCAACCCAACUCAGACACAAUAGCAUUCUUGGGUCUUACAAGCAUCCUCCAUAUAUGGUGGAGGGGCUUCCUUUAUAAAGGGAACUGAUUGUGAAACCCGCAAUAGGUCAUCAUUCUAUCACAAGUGCCGUAACACCUCAGUCUUCUCUGUAGGGAUUGGAGAGUUUAAAAAUGGGCGACGCCGCCAUGAAAGAAUUUGGGGCAGCGGCCUCCUACUUGAGGAAAUCAGACAGGGAGCGUUUGGAGGCUCAGACUCGUCCAUUUGAUAUGAAGAAAGAAUGCUUUGUUCCUGACAAUGAUGAGGAGUUUGUGAAGGCUUCCGUCACCAGCCGUGAGGGGGACAAAGUCACCGCUCAAACUGCAAAGGGGAAGACUGUGACAGUGAAGGAUUGUGACGUGCAUCCUCAGAACCCGCCAAAGUUUGAUAAAAUUGAAGACAUGGCCAUGUUCACCUUCCUCCACGAGCCCGCUGUGCUGUUUAACCUCAAAGAGCGUUAUGCAGCAUGGAUGAUCUAUACCUACUCUGGGCUGUUCUGUGUCACUGUCAACCCCUACAAGUGGCUGCCAGUCUACAACCAAGAGGUGGUUGUUGCCUACAGGGGAAAGAAGAGGAGUGAAGCUCCUCCUCACAUUUUCUCCAUCUCUGACAAUGCCUACCAGUACAUGCUAACUGACAGAGAAAAUCAGUCAAUUCUCAUCACUGGAGAAUCCGGUGCUGGGAAAACUGUCAACACCAAGAGAGUCAUCCAAUAUUUUGCCAGCAUUGCAGCUGGCAGUGGAAAGAAAGACGUAGGCUCUGAGAAAAAGGGUACCUUGGAGGAUCAAAUCAUCCAGGCUAACCCAGCUUUAGAGGCCUUUGGAAAUGCCAAAACCAUCAGAAAUGACAACUCCUCCAGAUUUGGCAAAUUCAUCCGAAUUCACUUUGCUGCCAGUGGGAAGCUUGCAUCGGCUGAUAUUGAGACAUAUCUGCUGGAGAAGUCCCGUGUCACCUUUCAGCUUAAGGCUGAAAGAGACUACCACAUCUUCUAUCAGAUUCUCUCUCAGAAAAAACCAGAGCUUUUAGAGAUGCUGCUCAUCACCAACAACCCCUACGAUUAUGCGUUCAUCUCCCAAGGAGAGACAACCGUCGCCUCCAUCAAUGAUGCUGAGGAGCUCAUGGCCACUGAUGAUGCCUUUGAUGUGUUGGGCUUCACCCAAGAGGAAAAGAAUGGCAUUUACAAACUGACAGGUGCCGUCAUGCACUAUGGGAACAUGAGGUUCAAAAACAAGCAGCGUGAGGAGCAGGCAGAGGCGGAUGGCACUGAAGAUGCUGACAAAGUUGCUUAUCUAAUGGGGAUGAACUCUGCUGACCUCAUAAAAGGUCUCUGUCAUCCAAGAGUUAAAGUGGGAAAUGAGUGGGUCACCAAGGGACAAAAUGUUCAGCAGGUCUACUAUGCAGUCGGUGCAUUGUCCAAGUCAGUGUAUGAGAAGAUGUUUCUGUGGAUGGUAGUCCGUAUUAACCAAUCUCUGGACACAAAGCAGCCUCGCCAGUACUUCAUUGGAGUUCUGGAUAUUGCUGGAUUUGAGAUCUUUGAUUUCAACACCUUUGAGCAGUUGUGUAUCAACUUCACCAAUGAAAAACUGCAACAGUUUUUCAACCAUCACAUGUUUGUGCUGGAGCAAGAAGAAUACAAGAAAGAGGGCAUUGAAUGGACGUUCAUAGAUUUUGGUAUGGACUUGCAGGCCUGUAUUGACCUGAUUGAAAAGCCCAUGGGUAUCAUGUCCAUCCUUGAAGAAGAGUGCAUGUUCCCCAAAGCCAGUGAUGCGACCUUCAAAGCUAAACUGUAUGACAACCACCUGGGGAAAUCCAGCAACUUCCAGAAGCCCAGAAUAGUCAAAGGGAAACCAGAAGCUCAUUUUGCCCUGAUGCACUAUGCUGGCACUGUUGAUUACAAUAUCAACAACUGGCUGGUGAAGAACAAGGAUCCUCUAAAUGAGACUGUUGUUGGACUUUACCAGAAGUCUAAUUUGAAACUAUUGGCAUUACUCUUUGCAAAUUAUGCUGGGACAGAUUCACCAGAUGCCGGAAAGGGAAAAGGCAGCAAGAAGAAGGGUUCAUCCUUCCAGACUGUGUCAGCCUUGCACAGGGAGAAUCUCAACAAGCUAAUGACCAACUUGAGGUCUACUCACCCCCACUUUGUACGCUGCAUCAUCCCCAAUGAGACCAAGACUCCUGGAGCCAUGGAGAACCCGCUGGUCAUGCACCAGCUGCGCUGUAACGGUGUGCUGGAAGGCAUCAGAAUCUGCAGGAAGGGCUUCCCCAACAGGAUCCUCUAUGGAGAUUUCAAACAGAGAUAUCGUAUCCUGAAUCCUGCCGCUAUCCCUGAGGGUCAGUUUAUCGACAGCAAGAAGGGAGCAGAAAAACUCCUUGGGUCUUUGGAUAUUGACCACAAUCAAUACAAGUUUGGACACACAAAGGUGUUCUUCAAAGCUGGUCUCCUUGGGCAACUCGAGGAGAUGAGGGACGACCGCUUGUCUCUCAUCAUUACUGGAAUCCAGUCUAGAUCGAGAGGUCUCCUGGCAAGAAUGGAAUUCCAGAAGAUUGUUGAAAGGAGGGAUGCAUUAUUAGUAAUCCAGUGGAAUAUUCGUGCGUUCAUGGGGGUUAAGAAUUGGCCAUGGAUGAAGCUGUUCUUCAAGAUCAAACCUCUUUUGAGAUCUGCUGAAGCAGAAAAGGAAAUGGCCAACAUGAAGGAAGAAUUCCUGAAGUUGAAAGAAGCUUAUGCAAAGUCAGAAUCCCGCAGGAAGGAACUGGAGGAAAAAAUGGUUUCUCUUCUCCAAGAGAAAAAUGACCUGCAGCUCCAAGUUCAGGCUGAGCAAGAUAAUCUUGCUGAUGCUGAAGAAAGAUGUGAGGGGUUGAUCAAACACAAAAUCCAAAUGGAAGCAAAAGCCAAAGAGUUAUCCGAAAGACUGGAGGAUGAGGAGGAGAUGAAUGCUGAAUUAACGGCAAAGAAAAGGAAGUUAGAGGAUGAAAGUUCUGAGCUGAAGAAGGACAUUGAUGACUUGGAGUUAACGCUGGCUAAAGUGGAGAAAGAGAAGCAUGCCACUGAGAACAAGGUGAAGAACCUGGUUGAAGAAAUGGCGGCUUUGGAUGAAAUCAUUGCCAAGUUAACCAAGGAAAAGAAAGCCUUACAAGAAGCUCAUCAGCAAACACUGGAUGACCUUCAGAGUGAGGAAGACAAAGUCAACACUCUGACCAAGGCCAAGUCAAAACUAGAGCAGCAAGUAGAUGAUCUUGAAGGGUCCCUUGAACAAGAGAAGAAGAUUCGAAUGGAUCUUGAGAGAGCAAAGAGGAAGCUGGAGGGAGACUUAAAGUUGACCCAGGAGAGCCUAAUGGAUCUGGAGAAUGACAAGCAGCAACUGGAAGAGCAUCUAAAAAAGAAGGACUUUGAAGUCAACCAGCUCACCAAUAGAAUAGAGGAUGAGCAGGCAAUUGCCAUUCAGCUUCAAAAGAAACUGAAAGAGCUUCAGGCCCGCAUCGAGGAGCUGGAAGAAGAGCUUGAGGCAGAGCGAGCUGCUCGAGCCAAAGUGGAAAAGCAGAGAGCAGACUUGGCCAGAGAACUAGAAGAGAUCAGUGAGAGACUGGAGGAGGCUGGUGGAGCAACAUCUGUACAAAUUGAGAUGAACAAGAAGAGGGAGGCUGAGUUCCAGAAACUCCGCAGAGACUUGGAAGAGGCCACUCUCCAGCAUGAAGCCACUGCAGCCACUCUGAGAAAGAAACAAGCUGACAGUGUUGCUGACCUGGGAGAGCAGAUAGACAACCUGCAGAGAGUCAAGCAGAAACUUGAGAAGGAGAAGAGUGAACUUAGGCUGGAAUUGGAUGAUGUCAUCUCCAAUAUGGAACAUAUCGUCAAAACAAAAACAACUCUUGAGAAGACAUGCAGAACUGUAGAAGAUCAGAUGAAUGAAUACAAGACCAAGUUCGAAGAAGCCCAGCGGUGUAUCAAUGACUUCAACAUGCAGAAAGCCAAGCUUCAAACUGAAAAUGGUGAGCUCUCAAGACAACUUGAGGAUAAAGACUCUCUCGUGUCUCAACUCACCAGAGGGAAAAUGUCAUACACUCAACAAAUUGAAGACCUAAAACGACAAUUGGAGGAGGAGAGCAAAGCCAAGAAUGCAUUAGCCCAUGCUGUGCAGUCCUCUCGCCAUGACUGUGACCUGCUCAGAGAGCAGUAUGAGGAGGAGCAGGAGGCCAAGGCUGAACUGCAGCGCGGCAUGUCCAAAGCCAACUCGGAGGUGGCUCAGUGGAGGACUAAGUAUGAAACCGAUGCCAUCCAGAGGACUGAAGAACUGGAAGAGGCUAAGAAGAAGCUGGCUCAGCGUCUACAGGAUGCAGAGGAAGCUGUGGAAGCAGUGAAUGCUAAAUGUUCCUCUCUUGAGAAGACUAAACACAGGCUGCAGAAUGAGAUCGAAGAUCUCAUGGUGGAUGUCGAGAGGUCAAAUGCUGCUGCUGCUGCUCUGGACAAGAAGCAAAGAAACUUUGACAAGGUCUUAUCUGAGUGGAAACAGAAAUAUGAGGAAUCUCAAUGUGAGCUGGAGGGCUCCCAGAAGGAAGCCAGAGCACUGAGCACAGAGCUAUUCAAAUUGAAGAACUCCUAUGAAGAGUCUCUGGAUCAGCUGGAGACCAUGAAAAGGGAAAACAAGAAUUUACAGGAGGAGAUUUCUGAUCUCACUGAGCAACUUGGUGAGAGUGGAAAGAAUAUUCAUGAGCUGGAGAAAUUAAGAAAACAAUUGGACCAGGAGAAAAAUGAGAUCCAGUCUGCUCUUGAGGAAGCAGAGGCUUCCUUGGAGCAUGAGGAGGGUAAGAUUCUAAGAGCUCAGCUUGAGUUCAACCAGAUCAAAGCUGACAUUGAACGGAAACUAGCUGAGAAAGAUGAAGAGAUGGAGCAGUGCAAGAGGAACAUGCAGAGGACAAUCGAAACUCUUCAGAGUUCUCUAGAAGCUGAGUGUCGAAGCAGGAAUGAGGCUCUCCGCUUGAAGAAGAAGAUGGAGGGAGACCUCAAUGAGAUGGAGAUUCAGCUAAGUCAGGCCAACAGGCAGGCAGCUGAGGCUCAGAAGCAACUCAAAUCUGUUCAUGCACAUCUGAAGGAUUGCCAAAUUCAGCUGGAUGAGUCUGUCCGUGCCAAUGAUGAUCUUAAAGAGAACAUUGCCAUUGUGGAGAGACGUAACAACCUCAUUCAGGCUGAGCUGGAAGAACUGAGGGCUGCUCUCGAACAAACUGAAAGAAGUCGCAAACUUGCGGAGCAAGAGUUGCUGGAUGUUAGCGAGAGGGUCCAGCUACUGCACUCACAGAACACCGGUCUGAUUAAUCAGAAAAAGAAACUUGAAAUUGACGCAUCCCAGCUUCAGAAUGAAGUAGAAGAAGCAGUCCAGGAGUCUAGGAACGCUGAGGAGAAAGCCAAGAAGGCCAUCACCGAUGCCGCCAUGAUGGCAGAAGAGCUGAAGAAAGAGCAGGACACCAGUGCUCACCUGGAGCGUAUGAAGAAAAACAUGGAGCAAACCAUCAAAGACCUGCAGCACCGCCUGGAUGAAGCUGAACAAAUUGCAAUGAAGGGAGGCAAGAAGCAGGUGCAGAAGCUCGAGGCCAGGGUGAAGGAGCUUGAAAAUGAGGUGGAGUCUGAGCAAAAGAAGAGCAGCGAAGCAAUAAAGGGAAUCCGUAAAUAUGAGAGACGGAUCAAGGAACUCACCUAUCAGACUGAGGAAGAUCGCAAGAAUGUUGUGCGUCUCCAGGAUCUGGUUGACAAACUACAACUGAAAGUCAAAGCAUACAAAAGAGCUGCGGAGGAGGCUGAAGAACAGGCCAAUACUAAUCUGAGCAAGUUCCGUAAACUGCAGCACGAGCUUGAUGAGGCUGAAGAGAGAGCUGACAUUGCUGAAUCUCAGGUCAACAAGCUGCGCGCUAAAAGCCGUGAUGUUGGCGCCAAGAAAGGGCUCGAUGAGGAGUGAAACAUACAGACAGCCAUGCAAGAACUUUGAGAUCAUCUGUAGUUGACUGUUUCCAAAGUGUCCGUAGAAUAAAGCAAAUG